AUGGCUGGAAAGGAGAAGUUUGGAGACUUCCGCUUCUUAGAGCGGAGUGGAAGAAGGAAGAAGAGGUUGAGUCCACCACUAGAUAUUCAGCUGGAGACAGUGAACUGCACUGCGUUCAGUGUCCGGUGGAAAAUGCCCCGUAGACAUGUCAGUACUAUCACUGGCUACAAGGUAGUUUACACAGAGAUAAGGUUUAAUCAUCCGGCCAGCACUGCAGUCGUCCUGGAAGUGCCAUUGAGUCUGGAAAUGCUCACAACUGGUCAGUUUGAUGGACAAGCAAACUUUGACGUGGUGAUAGGGAACCUUAAGGUAGCCAUGCAGUACCGUGUAAGUGUGGUGGCAUACGGCUGGGCAGGGGAGGGCAGAGCCAGUAUGCCCAGGGACAUUAGCACUGCUUCUCAUGAGGAGUGCAUGCCUCCUUCACCCCCUACCAAGCCUAACGUGGUCGCCGUGUCAGACACAGAACUGGCGUUGUCAUGGCAACACGGAGAGAGUGAAGGAAGUGCACCUGUGCAAUAUUUCCUGGUGGCGUAUAUCAGGCCAGAGAUGGACACAGAAUGGACGUACAUCAGAGAGCCAGUGGAUGCGUAUUCGAUGGUGCUCAAAGGUCUGAUGCCUGAUACGGAGUACCAGUUUAUCGUCAGAGCUGUAAAUGUGCAUGGAAUCAGCCCUCCCAGUCCCAUCAACAACCCUGUGCGCACACUUGGUGCUGUAGAUAUGGGCAGUGGAGACUAUGAUGUCUACAUCUCAAACUCUAACACUAAAGAUGAGGAUGGGUUUGAAAUCGAUGACUCCGACUAUGACAUCUUCAUUGAGGAGAUGAAGUUGUUUCCUGGUGGCAAGAAAAGUGACAGACGGUCGCAGCUCCGGUCUCGCAUCGGGACUCCCGGUAACGGAAACGUUAUUUAUAAGAUGCGUACACCUGCUUCCAGAAAUACCAGCUUCACUACAACAACAACACCAGCAGCGUGGACCACAUCAACAACACCUGUAACCACAACAACUGUCACUAGCUUCACCUCCUCUACAACGACCACGCCUAUAAUGCGGACAAGCCUUGCCCCUACAACUCCUGCAAUGCAGUCUCCCAGUCCUUCUGUGACACCAUGGAAAGGGGAAAGACCACGGAUCUAUAAUGUGUCAUGUGAUGAGACCAUUUGCCCUGCCGACAGCUUCUGCAUCAACGAUUAUGAUACUGGCGGCUCUCGUUGCCACUGCAAUCUCGGUCGCCAGGGAGACUUCUGCUCGGAAGGUCUGACGGUAAACUUCCCAAAGUUCUACAGCUACUCUCACAUGACAUUUGAGCCCCUUAAGAACUCCUACCAGAGUUUUCGGAUCAGCCUGGAUUUUAAGGCAGAGGUGGAGGAUGGAUUGCUGUUAUACUGUGGAGAGAAUGAACACGGUAGGGGAGAUUUCACCUCCGUGGCUCUUGUACGGAGUAAACUACACUACAGGUUCAACUGUGGUACUGGGGCGGCGCAGAUUGUGAGUGACAGCUCCAUUAUGAUUGGUCAGUGGCACACUGUCACUAUAUUUAGAGACGGCAUGAAUGGUUGGCUACGAAUAGAUAAUGACACUCCGAUAUCAGGGCGUUCUCAGGGCCAGUACACUAAAAUAACAUUCCGCACUCCUUUGUUCUUGGGCGGAGCUCCGAAUGUGUAUUGGUUGGUGAGGGCAGUGGGGACCAAUCGUGGGUUUCAGGGGUGUGUCCAGAGUCUGACCGUCAACGGUAAAGCCAUUAAACUUCGACCUUGGCCUAAAGGAAAUGCAUUGAGUGGAGCAGACAUUGGUGAGUGCAGUAACAGUGUUUGUGAGAAGGUCACAUGUGCCAAUGGAGGAAUCUGCUUUGCCAAUCGGGCGGAUGGAUUCAUUUGCCUGUGUCCUCUGGGCUAUAAGGGUAUCCUCUGUGAGGAAAGUUUUCUGUUGUCUCUACCGCAGUUUAAUGAAAGCAUGUAUUCGUACGCCAGCACCCCCUGGCCUCAGCCCUCCCAUAACUACCUUUCCUUCAUGGAGUUUGAGAUCACCUUCCAGCCAAACAAUCCUGACGGCAUGCUCCUCUACACUGAUGACACUGCCAGUCGCGACUUCCUGUCAAUCAGCCUGGUGGGCGGAUAUGUGGAGUUUCGCUUCGACUGUGGCUCGGGUGCCACAGUUAUCAGGAGUGAAGAAGCUGUCACUAUGGAUACGUGGCAUGAGUUGCGUGUGUCUCAUACAGCAAAAAAUAGCAUUCUUCAGGUAGAUAACCAGAGACCAGUGGAAGGCAUGACAGAGGGCGCAUUUACACAGAUAAAUUGUAGUUCUCCUCUUUACAUCGGAGGAGUUCCUAAUUAUGAUAUUAUUAAGACCAGCUCUGGUGUCCUGAGACCCUUCAGUGGAACAUACAGAAGAUCAUACUGAAUGACCACACUAUAGAGCUGAAUCCAGGUCAGGCGUUCGGGGUGAACGUAUUGAAUGCAGCUCACCCGUGUGUGCAGAA